GGCUGUCACCUUUACUGUGAAAUGAAUGAAUUUGAUUUCUCACUGGUGUUUAGCAAUGUAAUUCUCUGCCUUAGCCUUCAGGGGCCCUGUAGGUUAGCACAAGGACUUAGCACUGCUGUUUUUCUUUCAUUAGCACCACCAUAUGGGGCUCUGCGAGGCUUCAUUUAGCAUAAACAGCCACACACAUUUACGGCACACAAACACGGCAAUGAUCAUAACAUCAUAGCUCAGAGGAGAUGCAUUUCCACUUUGUUUGUUUAUAUCAUCGUGCAAAGCAAAUAGUUAGGUCAACCAAAGUCCUAUUAAAGUCAAUUAGUGAAAAUCUCUUGAAACUUUUAUAAAAACAUUAUCUCUCUAUUAACUUUAUGGUUCCUUUCCCCUUUUAAACAUGUUUUGUUAUUUUCAGUAAUUCACAUCUCUGUGUUUCUGUUCAUCUGUGAACAGACCAGGUGCUCCAUCACUCCUCUGCAGAGGUCUGGCCUCACACCUACGUCUCACAGGGACUGUACUGCCUGUCUUCCUCUGAUGCCUGGGACCCAAUCACCAGUCAGCCUUCAGGCCUGGUCUCCCCUGCAGCAGGCUCCUACAUUAUGGCUGCCGGUGGUGGCAGUGGAGCAGGGGGAACCCCUGGAGAUGGGUAUGAAGGCACAGUGGGCAGUUACCUUCAGCAGAACCAGACUCAGCUUACACUGCAGCAACAUAGUCAACUCCAGCAGCUACAACAGAUUCAUCAUUACCAGCAGCAACAGUUUCUGCAAUACCAACAACAGUCGUCAGAGCACAGGCUACACAGUGCCUCCCCUUCCCUCCAAGUCACUCCCAACAGCACCAUCCAUAGUCUGGGUCCUCCUACUCACCCCCGGAUAGCAGACCUGUGGGGGGCGGCGCAGGUAGAGGCCCAUCAGGUGGAGAUUGUUGGGCAGCUGAGUGCACAGAUGCUUGACAUGGUUGGAGGUGUGGUAGAGACGGUUGGAGAGGAGCCAGAACCUGAAACUGAAGGCAUUCUUGAGCGAUAUGACGAGGAAGAAGAACUGACAAGGGUAGAGGAAGUAACACUAACCUUAGAGCCAGAGCCAUGCUCUCUAACACCAUCACCAAUGAGGGAGGAGGCCCCGCCCACAAGAGGUUCAAGCCCAGGCAUACCAGCGCAGACCACAGAACCUCUUUCAGAGAGAAUACCUUUCGAUGUCACCCCUUGCGUCGUCCAAUCCCUUGAAGAAAGAGAUGAGGAAGCGGAGGAGGGCUCCAUUCUUGUUGUUGCAACAAACUGAGUCACUUGGUCUCAAAAAGACUAAAACUUAACUAAGCAAGCUACUACCCCAUACCUUCCUUCUCUUAAAUAUUUACCUUUAUACACCCAAGUAAUUGCUACUUCAGCUGGAAAUAUUGGAUGUAAUGUAUACAAACUAGAUGCCAUCAACCCUCAGUCUCCCAAUUUAACAUCAAAAGCGUGGACUAACACGACCAAGAACGAGAAACAUUAAAGGAGAGGAGGGACGUGAAAUCUUAGACUGCGGAUGAAACAGCAGACUAAUUCUGUUUGGACCAACUGAACUAACAAGCCAGGACUGGAAACCAAAUACGGGAAGAAAGGAUUAAUGCAAAAUUUCCCAAAACAAAGGGGGAAAAAAACUAUGAAAUGAUGGAAAGGGCAAAUGAAAAAAACAAAACCCUAAGCAAUACAAUGAUUAUGGAUAAAAAAAUUGUGUUUUGUUCAUGUUUCUUGGAGCAACAGGAGUCCGAAUUUGCUGGGGAGCUGUUUGGUUUGCUAACCGAUGCAUUUUGGUUGAAAUACGUUCCUGCUUAAUGCAAGCGGAAAUGUCUUAAGGUGCAAACUCAAACCUCAAAGCAACCUGAGACAUGCACUUGAAGUUAUUUGCAAACGCACCAUCUGACCACAACCAAAACAACGCAUGCUUUUUAACAGUGACAUAGCCCACAGUAUAACGCAGUAUAAAAGUAAUAAUAUAACAAAUUUGUUUUGUUUUUGUUUGUUUUUUACAAUAAAAUAAAAUAAAAAAACAAGAAAAUUAUAUGUAUAUGUAUGAAUGUC